AUGGCAUGCAUACCAAUUACAUUUCAACCUAGUAUGAAAAUUAAACAAAUUCCUAAUUACAUAUACUUGCAUGAUUUGCAAAUGUAUAUUUUACCUCCAUCUGGAUAUAUUAAAUUAGAAGAAUUAUAUCAAUGGUGUAUUGAUAGAUUAAAGGUUUUAGAAUUAGUAAACAAAGUAUCAAAACAAUAUUAUAAAGCGAGGCAAUGUCGUAUUGCUUUAAUUAAAGAAUUGGAAAAAAAUGAUUUAAUUAAGUUUGCAAAACUUAUAAAUAUGUCUAACUAUGAAAUUUCACAAAGUAAAAAACAGCUUCUAAGAAAAAAUGAUUCUAUAUCACACUUUAUUUUGAGAUCAGCAUUUUCUUUAGAACAUAAGAAAAAGCAAUGGUUCUUUAAACAAGAAGUAAAAUUAUUUAAAUGGAGACUUUCUUUUUUAAAUAAAAAGGACAUAAAACUCUUUAAUUAUAUUAAUGGAAUUCAAUUUCCUUCUGUUUCUGAACAAGAAAAACAAAAAAUUAAAAAAGACUUAGAAAUGUUUUGUUUUGACAAUGAAAAUAUUAAUAUUAUAAAUUUUUAUAAAGUAUAUUUUACUAAUGUAAUAAAUCUAGUUGCAAAACGACAAGUAUUUUUGAAAAAUGGAAUUGCUUAUGUACCUGAAACAAAAGUUUAUUGGAUAAUUUUUUCUGAAUUUAAAAAAAAAUUAAAUGAAGGUUUUGCUUACUCAAGAACAAUAGUAUCAAAUAUUUAUGGUGAUGAAAGAAUAACAAAAAUAUUUAAUAUACUUCAAAAUUAUAUUAAUAAACCAUAUCUUGAACAUAAUAGAUAUAAAUAUAUAUCUAUUGAUGAGUUAGAUGAGCUAUCACAAAAAUCAUUUCCAUUGUGCAUGAGAUUGCUUCAUGAAGCAUUACAAAAAAAUCAUCAUCUCACAAAUGGUGGUAGAGUUCAAUAUGGCUUGUUUCUCAAAGGAAUAGGUCUUAAAUUACAUGAUGCAAUACAAUUUUGGAAAGAUGAAUUUACAAAAAAAAUGGAUGAAAGAACUUUUGAAAAACAAUAUAAAUAUGGCAUACGAUUUCUAUAUGGACAGGAAGGAAAACGUGCAGAUUAUGAACCAUUUCAUUGUUUUAAGAUAUUUAAUUCUAAUAUUGGUUUACGAGAUAAUCAUGGUUGUCCAUUUAAAUGUAUGACAUUUGAUCUACUGAAACAGACACUUUCAAAUUAUGGAUUAAUUCAUUUAGAUAUAGAAUCAAUAAUUCAAUAUAUAAAAAAAAAAUCUUAUCUUGAAGCAUGCAAAACUUAUUAUGAAAUUACACACAAUUGUAUUAUAAAUAAUACCUUUAAGCAUCCAAAUGUAUAUUUUAAUUCUAGUUAUAAACAUUUUGAAAAUAUAUUUUCAGAUAUGGAAGAUUAAAAAAUAUAAUUUUAACAAGUUUCAAAAUUAAAUAUUUUCAUAAAAUAUAACAAUGAAAAAUAUUUACUUUUAAAUUGUUUUUAUUUAUUACUUUAAUAAAUACUUAUAAAAAAUUAACGAAUUAUUAUAUAAUUUUGAAUCUGAAAGUGCAGUUGAAUAGUAUCAUUUUGUAAUAACAUUGAUAGUUAUAUUGAAUAUAAUUCUUCAUUUCAAUUUACUAUUCUAAAUCAUUUUAUAUUAAUAAAUUAAAAUGCAUAUUUUUAUUUAUUAAUUUAUUUACAUUAAAUAUUCCUAAAUGCAUUUGAAAAUAUUCAUAAAUUAUUUUUAUAAAAUUAAUAUUCUUAUUUAUAUUUUUCCAUAACUUCUUCUAUGAUUUUAUUAAGUUUUUGAUUUUGCCAAUUAAGAGAAAUGUCAUCAAGAUGAUUAUCAAAAUCUAUAAGAUUUCUAUAUUCUUCUGCUUUAAGUAAGGAAUAUAAUACAUCUGUAUGUGUCACUCCUCUGUCAUAUAAUAUACUGUAAAAAUCAAUGCAAUAUGAACAAUAAGCAUAUUAAAAAAUGAGAAAUAAACAUUUAAAAAAAUUGUGAUAUAUUAAAUUAA